UAAUUUCCGCAUUUGGUUGAAUCACCUUUCGUGGAAAUAGGCAUAAAUAUAGAUCUCUUCUAGUCAGUUGGCUAGGUAGCUGUCUUCCAAAUCUCCUGGCAUAGAUGAGUGAGCACUUCUAGCACUGUAUCCAUUUGUUGAAACAUCUCAAUUGGUAUUCUGUCAAUUCCUGGAGCCUUGUUUUUGACAGUGCCUUCAGUGCAGCUUGGACUUCCUCCUUCAGUACCAUCAGUUCCUGAUCACAUGCUAUCUCUUGAAAUGGUUGAACGUCAACUAAUUCUUUUUGGUUUAAUGACUCUGUAUUUUUUCCAUCUUCUUUUGAUGCUUCCUGCGUUGUUUAAUAUUUUCCUUGUUCAGUCCUUCACUAUUGCAACUUAUGGCUUGAUUUUUUUCUUCAGUUCUUUCAGCUUGAGAAAUGCCAAGCAUGUUUUUCCCUUUUGGUUUUCUAUCUCCGGUUCUUUGCACGUCGUUGGAAUACUCUACUUUGUCGUCUCGAGCUGCCCUUUGAAAUCUUCUGUUCAGUUCUUUCAUUUCAUCAGUUCUUCCUUUUGCGUUAGCUACUCGACGUUCAAGAGCAAGUUUCAGAGUCUAUUCUGAUAUCCAUUUUGGUCUUUUUAAUGACCUUUUGCUUUUUUCAUGGAUGAUGUCAUUGAUGUCAUUGCAUAUCUCGUCAGAUCUUUAGUCAUAAGUGUUCACCUGUCAAAUCUGUUCUUGAAAUGGUCUCUAAAUUCAAGUGGUAUAUACUCAAGUUGUACUUUGGCUUUCAUCGUCUUGUUUUAAUUUUCUUCACUUUGAACCUGCAUAUGAACAAUUGGUGGUCUGUUCUGCAGUUGGCCCCUGGCUUUGUUCUGAUUGAUGAUAUUGAGCUUUUCCAUCAUCUCUUUCCACGGAAGUAGUCGAUUUGAUUCCUGUGUAUUCCAUCUGGUGAGGUCCAUGCGUAUAGUCGCCAUUUAUGUUGGUGAAAGAAGGUAUUUGCGAUGAAGAAGUUGUUGGUCUUGCAAAAUUCUAUCAUUUAAUCUCCAGCAUUGUUUCUGUCACCGAGGCCGUGUUUUCCAACUACCGAUCCUUCUUUGUUUCCAACUUUUACACUGCAGUCACCAGUAAUUAUCGAUGUGUCCUGAUUGCAUGUUCGAUCAAUUUCAGACUGCAGAAGCUGGUAGAAAUCUUCUGUUUCUUCAUCUGUGGCCUUAGUGGUUGGUGCGUAAAUUUGAAUAAUAGUCGUAUUAACUGGUCUUCCUUGUAGGCGUAUGGAUAUUAUCCUAUUACUGACAGCGUUGUACUUCAGAAUAGAUCUUGAAAUGUUCUUUUUGACAAUGAAUGCAACACCAUUCCUUUUUGAGUUGUCAAUCCCAGCAUAGUAGACCAUAUGAUUGUCUGAUUCAAAAUGGCCAAUACCAGUCCGUUUCAGCUCACUAAUGCCUAGGAUAUCGAUGUUUAUGUGUUCCAUUUCAUUUUUGAAGACUUUAAUUUUCCUAGAUUCACGCUUUGUACAUUCCAGGUUCCAAUUAUUAAUGGAUGUUUGCAGCUGUUUCUUCUCAUUUUGAGUCGUGCCAUAUCAGCAGAUGAAAGACCCAAAAACUUGACUCCAUCCCCAUUGUUAAGGUCGACUCUACUUGGAGGAGGCAGCUCUUCCCCAGUCAUCUUUUGAGUGCGUUCUAACCUGGGGGGCUCAUUUUCCAGCACUGUAUCAGACAGUGUUCUGUUGUUAUUCUUAAGGUUUUCACGGGCUAAUUCUUUUCAGAAGUAGACUGCCGGGUCUUUCUUCCUAGUUUUGUCUUAGUCUGGAGGCUCAGCUGGGCAUAGCUUCUGGCAUCGCGGCAACAUGGAAGCCCCCACAGUACAACAAACUGACAGACACGUGGGCGGAGGCUGCACUAGCGAGCCUUAAAGUUAGUUCUCUACUGCUUUUUCUCUGGACAUUUGCAAAUACAGCAGGCUGCACAGAGUUCAAGGGCCCCAAGCUUCCCCAUUAGGCCAUUGGGGCGGGGAGAUUCUUUUGCAACCCUUGUAUUGGGAGCAGAGGUGGAAAAAAACUCUUAAGGAAAUCCACACGUUCUCGUCCUUUUUUCACUUCUGUAAAUUGGAGAUGACUUUUCCUUUCUUUAGGGCUUGUGAAACUCAGCCCGUGGACGACUGUUCCAGGAGGCUGACCUCUUUGUGGCAAGCUCUUGGGUGGAAAGAAAGAAGUGAGGCAAAUGCCGUGAAGGAGAGUUCUCUAUUAAUUAACCUAGGUUGGCAGUGAGUGUUGAUUAAAAGACUUCCCCUUACACCAUAGGUCACGGCGAGGGGCCUUAUAAAUGACUGUUGUAAUUUAGAACUGGCCUGUGGGUUUAUAGUUCUCUUUUCUUUUGCUUUCGUAUUUUAUGAGGGAAAAAUAAGCAUACAAAUUGACCAACAGUUGUUUGGCAAUUCACAAAAAUAGCAUUUUCCACAAAUUUUCAAAUUCUUUAUCUGGGACACGGUAACACUUUUCUCGGUUUUCGUCACAUUUUGGGGCGGUCUUGUCUUUUUAUCAUCUCUUGACGCCUACAUACAGUCAUUGAAGGGGCUGUAAUGAAGUCAUUUCUCUUGUGUGGGAUUGUGGGAGUGAGUUUUAUUAAGUUAAAGUUACACCACAAACCCCGUGCAGCAACAGCUGCGUGCGUGGAAAAUUCCAGAGCCUGUUUUUGUUGUAAUGUUUGCCCUUUUUAUCUGUACGAGGCAAUGUGUGCUUAACUGAACUCAGCUGUUUGGAAAAUCAGAAAAAGGAUGAGAUAAUACCUGUCUUUGCCAUUUAAGCAAUCUUAAGAAAUAGCAGAAAAGAUGUGCUUAGUUUAAAAGAGUUUGUUAAAUAUGUAUUUUGUAGCCAGUAUUGUUCCAAGCACUGUGGGAGGUUUAAAAAUUGGAGUGUUUAAGUUUUGAUUGAUACUAUAAGAUGCAUGUGCGUGAAAUAAUUUGAAGCUUUUCUUUUUUGUUUUUUUAGGAGAAAAUGGAAGGUCGACGUAAGACGGCUCACGGGCUUCAUGGUUCAUGGAAGAUGUGAGUUUUGAGCUGUACUUGGGAGAUGGAUAGCUUGCCAUUUUGUAUUAUGUUUGUUACAUGUGGUUGGAGGUUGCUCAUUUGCAUUGCCGUAUAGUUGUUAUUGUUUGUUUCUGUCAAGUAGGCUCUGGUUCAUGGAGAACUUAUGUGUGAUAGAACAAAAUGUCGUAUAGUUGUUAUUGUUUGUUUCUGUCAAGUAGGCUCUGGUUCAUGGAGAACUUAUGUAUGGUAGAACAAAAUGUCGCCAUGUCAUGUGCUGUCUUUAUGAUCUUGCUGGGUAAUAGUCUGCUCUAUUGUUACAUAGUUAACCCUCAUUAUUUGAGGAGUACUCAUUUGUCAGAGUGGCUACUUGUUAAUAUUUAUUUGUAACCUCAAAAUCAAAACCUUCAGUGCUUUCGUGGUCAAGCGUGGACACGCUCAAAGUGGUGAAAAACUUGAGUCACCCAAUGUGUACGUUCCCAGCUGUGGGUGAGCAAGGCGCUCUGCAUUGUCUCAGCACUUACAGAUAGCAAGUGUCCUUUUCACAGUCUGUUUAGUGCAGUGUUUCCUACAUGUCCGUGCCUUGCGUUGGUGAUUUUGCGGUUUUAAAUGGUUCCCCAAGUGUAGUCCUGAAGUGCUGUGUAGUGUUCCUGAGUGCAGGAAGACUGCGAUGUGUCUUACCUGUUAGAUGAGCUUCAUUCGGGUGUGACUUACAGUGCUGUUGGCCAUGAGUUCAAUGUUAAUGAGACAAUAUAUAUUAAAUAGGCCGUCUUUAAAUAGAAACACAUUGAGCAAAGUUAUGUAUCGAUAGGUUGAUGUAAACGUUGUGACCAGAGGCUCACCGGAUUCUAACCCUGUAUUUCCUCUAGGAGCAGUGGUUUAGUAUUUGCUGAUUCUGUUUCUGGUGACUACGGAAUAUAACUACUGCCUGUCUAAUCUUUGGCUGAAAACUGGACUUUGGGAGUGGCUUCUCUUCUGAGUUAGCAGGCUUUCCGGGGGCCAUAGUUUCGUGAGUUCCUCCAGUCACUGUCAAACUACUGCCCUGCUGGAUUACGGCCUGACCAUCCUGUCGAUGACGACGCCAAUGAUAAAGCACCAGACUGCUGUCUCCUCCCAGCAACAUCCAGGGGAAAAGGAAGACCUGACUGGCCUGUCCAUGAUGCCAGGGCAGCCACCGGAGGGGGGAAGGAAGACCUGACUGGCCUGUCCAUGAUGCUAGGGGUAAGGCAACAGACUGCUGUCUUCUGCCAGCAACCUCCAGGGGAAAAGGAAGACCUGACCGGCCUGUCCAUGAUGCUAGGGAUCCCAGGGGGAAAAGGAAGACGUGACCGGCCUGUGCAUGAUGUCAGGGGUAAGGCACCAGACUGCUGUCUCCUCCCAGGAGCCCCCAGGGGGAAAGGAAGACCUGACCAGCCUGUCUAUGAUGCCAGGGGGGUAAGGCACCAGACUGCUGUGUCCUCCCGGCAGCCCCCAGGGGGAAAAGGAAGACCUGACUGGCCUGUCCAUGAUGGCAGGGCAAUCUCCAGGGGAGAAGGAAGACCUGACCGGCCUGUCUAUGAUGCCAGGGGUAAGACACCAGACUGCUGACUCCUCCCAGCAACCUCCAGGGGAAAAGGAAGAUCUGACCGGCCUGUCCAUGAUGCCAGCGGUAAAGCAAAAGGCUGGUAUCUCCUCCCAGCAACCUCCAGGUGAAAAGGAAGUCGUGACUGGCCUGUCAAUGAUGCCAGAUGUAAGGCACCAGACUGCUGUGUCCUCCCAGCAGCCCCAUGGGAAAAGGAAGAUGUGACUGGCCUGUCUGUGAUGCUAGGGGUAAGGCACCAGACUGCUGUCUCCUCCCAGCAACCUCCAGGGGAAAAGGAAGACUUGACCGGCCUUUCCAUGAUGCCAGGGGUAAGGCACCAGACUGCUCUCUUCUCCCAGCAGCCCCCGGAGGGGGAAAAGGAAGACCUGACUGGCCUGUCCAUGAUGCCAGGGGUAAGACACCAGACUGCUGUCUCCUCCCAGGAGCCCCCGGGGAGGAAAGUAGCACCUUACUGGCCUGUCCAUGAUGCCAGGGGUAAGGCACCAGAGUGCUGUGUCCUCCCAGCAACCUCCAGGGGAGAGGAAAGACCUGACUGGCCUGUCCAUGAUGCCAGGAGUAAGGCACCAGACUGUUCUUUCCUCCCAGCAGCCUCUGGGGGAAAAGGAAGACCUGACCGGCCUCUCCAUGAUGCCAGGGUAACCUCCAAGGGAAAGGGAACACCUGACUGGACUGUCCAUGAUGCCAGGCGUAAGGCACCAGACUGCUGUCUUCUCCCAGCAACCUCCAGGUGAAAGGGAAGGCCUGACCGCCCUGUCCAUGAUGCCAGGAGUAAGGCACCAGACUGGUUUCUCCUCCCUGCAGUCCCCGGGGGGGGAAGGAAGACCUGGCCGGCCUGUCAGUGAUGCCAGUGGUAAGGUACCAGACUGCUGUCUCCUCCCAGCAGCCACCGGGGAGGAAUGGAAGACCUGACCGGCCUGUCCGUGAUGCCAGGGGUAAGGCACCAGAUUGCUGUCUCCUCCCAGCAGCCCUCGGGGGGAAAGGAAGACCUGUCUGGUCUGUUUAUGAUGCCAGGGGUAAGGUACCACACUGCUUUCUCCUCCCAGCAGCCCCCGGGGGGGAAAGGAAGACCUGACCUGUCUGUCCAUGAUGCCAGGAGUGAGGCUCCAGACUUCUGUCUCCUCCCAGCAGCCCCCGGGGGGAAAGAAAGACCUGAUUGGCCUGUCCAUAAUGCCAGGGGUAAGGCACCAGACUGCUUUCUCCUCCUAGCAGCUCCCAGGGGGAAAGGAAGACCUGACCGGCCAGUGCAUGAUGCCAGGGCCUCUGGCGAGGAAAGGAAGACCUGACCAACCUGUCGAUGAUGCCACGGGUAAGGCACCAGACUGCUGUCUCCUCCCAGCAGCCCACGGGGGAAAAGAAGACCUGACUGCCCUGUCCAUGAUGCCAGGGGUAAAGCACCAGACUGCUGUGUCCUCGCAGCAGCCCCCGGGGGGAAAGGAAGACCUGACUGGCCUGUCCGUGAUGCCAGGAUUAAGGCACCAGACUGCUGUGUCCUCCCUGCAGCUCCUGGGGGGAAAGGAAGACCUGACUGGCCCGUCUGUGAUGCCGUGGGUAAGGCAACAGACUUUGUCUUCUCCCAGCAACCUCCAGGGGAAGAGAAAGACAUGAAUGGCCUGUCUAGGAUGCCAGGGGUGUAAGGCACCAGACUGCUCUGUCCUCCCAGCAACCCCCGGGGGAAAAAAGAAUACCUGACUGGCCUGUCGAUGACGCCAGAGGUAAAGCACCAGACUGCUGUCUCCUCCCAGUAACCUCGAGGGGACAAGGAAGACCUGACGGGCCUUUCUGUGAUGUCAGGAUUAAGGCACCAGACUGCUGUCUCCUCCCAGGAACCUCCAGGGGAAAAGAAAGACCUGACCAGCCUGUCCAUGAUGUCAGGGGUAAGGCACCAGACUGCUGUCUGUUCCCAGCUUCCCCCAGGUGGAAAGGAAGACCUGACUGGCCUGUCCAUGAUGCCAGGGGUAAAGCACCAGACUGCUGUGUCCUCCCAGCAGCCCCCAGGGGGGAAAGUAAGAUCUGACUGGACUGUCCAUGAUGCUGGGGGCAAGGCACCUAACUCCUGUCUUCUCCCAGCAACAUCCAGGGGAAAAGGAAGACCUGACAGGCCUGUCCGUGAUGCAAAGGCAACCUCCAGGGAAAAAGGAAGACCUGACCGGCCUGUCCAUGAUGUCAGAGGUAAUGCACCAGACUGCUGUCCCUCCCAGUAAACUCCAGGGAAAUGGAAGACGUGACCGGCCUGUCCAUGAUGCCAGGGUUAAGCAAUCUCCAGGGGAGAAGGAAGAACUGACCGGCCUGUCCAUGAUGCCAGGGGUAAGACACCAGACUUCUGAGUCUUCCCAGCAACGUUCAGGGGAAAAAGAAGAUCUGACCGGCCUGUCCCUGAUGCCAAGGGUAAAGCACCAGACUGAUAUCUCCUCCCAGCCACCUGCAGGUGAAAAAGAAGUCGUGACCGGCCUAUCCAUGAUCCUAGCGGGUUAAGGCACCAGACUGCUGUGUCCUCCCCGCAACCUCCAGGGGAAAAGGAAGGCUUGACCGGCCUUUCCAUGAUGCCAGGGGUAAAGCACCAGACUGCUGUCUCCUCCCAGCAACCCCCGGGGGGAAAAGGAAGACCUGACUGGCCUGUCCAUGAUGCCAGGGGGUUAAGGCACUAGACUGCUGUGUCCUCCCAGCAACCCCCGGGGGGAAAAGGAAGACCUGAGCGGCAUGUGCAUGGUGCUAGGAGUAAGGCACCAGACUGCUUUCUCCUCCCAGUAGCGCCUGGGGAGGAAAGGAAGACCUGACCGGCCUGUCCAUGACGCCAUGGCAGCCCCCAGGGGGUAAAGGAAGACCUGUCCAGCCUCUCCAUGAUGCCAGAGCAGCCCACGGGCAGGAAAGGAAGACCUGACUGGCCUGUCCAUGAUGCCAGGGGUAAGACACCAGACUGCUGUUUCCUCCCAGCAGCCAGCGGAGAGGGUAAGGAAGACCUGACUGGCCUGUCCAUGAUGCCAGGAGUAAUGCACCUGACUGCUGUGUCCUCCCAGCAGCCCCCGGGGGGAAAAGUAAGACCUGACCGGCCUGUCCAUGAUGCCGGGGGUAAAGCACCAGACUGCUGUCUUCUCCCAGCAAUCUCCAGGGGAAAAUGAAGACCUGACCGGCUUGUCCAUGAUGCCAGGGAUAAAGCACCAGACCGCUGUCUCCUCCCAGCAGCCCCGGGAUGGGGGGAGGGGCGGGGGAGGAAGACCUGACCAGCCUGUUCAUGAUGCCAGGGCUAAGGCAUGAUGUCUCCUCCCAGCAACCUCCAAGGGAAAAGAAAGACCCUACCGGCCUGUCCGUGAUGCCGGGGUAAGGCACCUGAUUGCCGGGUCCUCCAAGCAGCCCCUGGGGGGAAAGGAAGACCUGACUGGCCUGUCCAUGAUGCUAGGGGUAAGGCAACAGACUGCUGUCUUCUGCCAGCAACCUUCAGGGGAAAAGGAAGACCUGACCGGCCUGUCCAUGAUGCUAGGGGUAAGGUACCAGACUGCUGUCUCAUCCCAGCAGCCCCCCCGGGGCGGGGGGAAAGGAAGACCUGAUCGGCCUGUCUGUGAUGCCAGGGGUAAAGCACCAGACUGCUGUAUCCUCCCAGCAACCUCCAGGGGAAAAGGAAGACCUGACCAGCCUGUCCAAGAUGCCAGGAGUAAGGCACCAGACUGCUGUGUCCUCCCAGCAGCCCCCAGGGAGAAAAGGAAAACCUGACCGGCCUGUCCAUGAUGCCGGGGAUCCCAGGGGGAAAAGGAAGACGCGACCGCCCUGUGCAUGAUGUCAGGGGUAAGGCACCAGACUGCUGUCUCCUCCCAGCAACCUCCAGGGGAAAAGGAAGACUUGACCGGCCUUUCCAUGAUGCCAGGGCAGCCCACGGGCAGGAAAGGAAGACCUGACUGGCCUGUCCAUGAUGCCAGGAGUAAGGCACCAGACUGCUCUUUCCUCCCAGCAGCCCCCGGGGGAAAAGGAAGACCUGACCGGCCUCUCCAUGAUGCCAGGGCAACCUCCAGGUGAAAGGGAAGGCCUGACCGCCCUGUCCAUGAUGCCAGGAGUAAGGCACCAGACUGCUUUCUCCUCCCAGUAGCCCCCGGGGAGGAAAGGAAGACCUGACCGUCCUGUGCAUGAUGCCAGGGCAGCCACCGGGGAGGAAUGGAAGACCUGACCGGCCUGUCCGUGAUGCCAGCGGUAAGGCACCAGACUGCUGUCUCCUCCCAGCAGCCCUCGGAGGGAAAGGAAGACCUGUCUGGCCUGUUUAUCCUGCCAGGGCAGCCCCCGGGGGGAAAGGAAGACCUGACUGGCCUGUCCAUAACGCCAGGGGUAAGGCACCAGACUGCUGUGUCCUCCCAGCAGCCCCCAGGGGGAAAAAGACCUGACCGGCCUGUCCAUGAUGCCAGGGCAACCUCCAGGGGAAAAGGAAGACAUGACUGGCCUGUCCAUGAUGCAGGGGUAAGGCACCAGACUGCUGUCUCCUCCUAGCAGCCCCUGGGGGGAAAGGAAGACAUGCUCAGAGAGGCUGUCCCGCAACUUGGGGGGUACAUCUCAUCUAGCUGAAACAGAAGCAACUUCAUGAAUGAACAGGCUGGCUGAUUGACAGUGGCCGUGAAAGCCUUUGAGAAUCUACACCUAAUGGGAGCUGAGGCCGGACCUCUGUGGCAUCUCAGAGACAGUCAGACACAGCAGGAGCUUCUCAGCGGCUGUGGAGCGUGUAAAGGCACAUGCAGAUGCCACCAGUGUCUCCAUGGGAGAAAGUCCUGGCAGCCUUCUUCUGUGAAGACGAGAGCCAGCAACACCCUGAGGGGCAGUUCUACUGUGUCACAUUCGGCCACCGUGAGUUGAAAAUUGCCUAGAUGACGUCCGUGGAAGGUGCCAUCGAGCCGGUUCCAACUCAUAGUGACACUGUGCACAACAGAACAAAACGUCGCCUGGUCCUGCACCAUCUUCACUAUUGUUGCUGUGCUUGAGCCCAUUGUCGCAGCCACUGUGUCAGUCCAUCUCAUUGAGGGUCGUCUUCUUUUUCGCUGACCUUCUAUUUUACCAAGCAUGAUGUCCUCCUUCAGGGCCUGAUUCCUCCUGGUAACCCAAAGAAAACAAUACGACAGACAAGUGUGAACUAACCGUGUGUGGUCUUCCCCUUGACAACCAGCAUUUGGAGAGGAUGAUGCUCAAUGGGAAAUUAUUUCUUCCUGGGGGUGAAAUUCCAGGCUGCUGAUGCUACAGGAGGAGAGCCCAUUUCAGUGUAGGGCAGACUUCCUGACACGUCUCCAGUCACGCCGUUGAAGGUUUGUGGGAGCGUGUUGGGACAGCCUCAGGACGCUACUACAGAGCCCAGGGACCAAGAGAUUUAAGCCGCACAGCAGCUCGAAUCCUCAGAUGGCUCCAGGGCAUCACCGUGAUUUGUCCCUCGUCCUCCGUAGAGCGAGUUGCUGACUUCGUGUUGGUGAGAACCCUACUUUACGGAGAGCAACUGGACCGCCGGUUCUUAGUUCCCAUGCUUGGCGUUACCUGAAACCCCACCUGUCCCCGGAACUUGGUUUACUGAGACUUUGAAUUUCAACUUGAUGAUACAAGCUUUGAUGUUAGGUCCUGGCUCUGAGAGUGUAACUGAAGGCUCCGAUGAUAUUUCGAUGACUCAGAGGAGCAAACCUGAUCAUCAGUCAGUCAGCUUGCAAGGAGAGUUCAUGAAGUCCCUGUUCUCGGCAACAAAGGCCCACAGCACCUAUAAUACCCUGUUGACGGCUCUGACUUUAUCACUCUCGUGUCACUCUGGAGAGACGCCGAGUAUGCGAGCCUUCACAAAGAUUCAGAGCGUGCACCCCAGGGUGGAUGAUAACCUGUCUUCUCUGACCUGCCCUACUGGAGUAGACCUUUGAUCCGACCCUGCUGGGCACUGACCACCAUGAUCAGGAUAGAACUUGCGCAGUGCUCUGGAGGGUGGCCACAGGCAGCUGGGGGAGCCGUGCUUUCAGCACAGGACAGGAUACUUUCAUGGGAACGUGGACAAGCCGGAUGCAUCCUGGGAGAAGAGUGCAGAAGAUGACACAAAUCCGUGUUGCUGGUGCCUGGUUAAAGAAAGGGAGGUGAUCUGGAGCGGAGAUGGCUUAGGAGGGAUGGAGAAAGGAAAUGAAAACGUCGUUUACACUCAAACCCAGCGACACAGCAUGACGAGGAAAGACAUCCUGGGGCACAACUGUGAUGGAGACAUGUGUGGGUCCCGUCCUGUUCUGCCAGGCCAGCUGGGUGGUCCUGACACCUGAGUGCCCAGUCUUCCUUUUGGUGGAGCAUGAGAAGUCGGAAGCCAUGUGGAAGGGGAUUAAGCCUGGUGGAGGAGCCAACACAGCUAGAGAGAAAGAGAGGAGUGGGCUACCAAUUUCUGAGAACUCAGCCCAGGAACGUAGAGAAUAAUGGUUCCCUGGUUUGGUGCCAGAAUCACAAGCAGUGUGCUAAGUGUCUGGAGCCCUGCAAGGAGUCCUGGGACCAGAGGAGGCAUCAGUGCCAAAGCUUCUGUGAGCCUCUCUUCCCCAAGAAGAACUAUGAAUGCUUGACCAGCUGUGAGUUCCUCAAGUACAUCCUGUCGGUGAAGCAAGGAGACUGCCCAGCCCCGGAGAGGGCCAGUGGCUUCGCCGCCGCCUGCGUGGAAAGCUGCGAAGUGGACAACGAGUGCUCCGGGGUGAAGAAAUGCUGUUCCAACGGGUGUGGGCACACCUGCCAGGUGCCCAAAACUCUGUAUAAAGGCGUCCCCCUGAAGCCCAGGAAAGAGUUACGAUUCACAGAACUGUCAUCUGGACAGCUGGAGAUUAAGUGGUCCUCGAAAUUCAAUAUUUCCAUCGAGCCUGUGAUCUACGUGUUGCAGAGACGAUGGAAUUACGGAAUCCAUCCAAGUGAAGAUGAUGCUACACACUGGCAGACUGUGGCUCAGACCACAGAUGAACGGGUUCAACUGGCGGACAUCAGACCCAGCAGGUGGUACCAGUUCCGCGUGGCUGCUGUCAACGUGCACGGGACCCGGGGCUUCACCGCACCCAGCAAGCACUUCCGCUCCUCCAAAGAUCCAUCCGCACCCCCAGCUCCAGCUAACCUCCGGCUUGCCAACUCCACCAUCCACAGCGACGGGAGCGUGACGGCGACGAUUGUUUGGGAUGUGCCCGAAGACCCAGAUAUCCCUGUGCAUCACUACAAAGUGUUUUGGAGCUGGACGGUCAGCAGCAAGGCCCUCGUCCCCACCAAGAAGAAGCGGAGAAAGACUACGGAGGGGUCCCACAAUUCUGUGACCCUGGAGCGACUGCAGCCGGACAGCAGCUAUAUGGUGGAAGUGCAGGCCAUCUCGUACUGGGGGCAGAUGCGCCUCAAAAGCGCCAAGGUGUCUCUUCAUUUCACGUCCUCACAAACCACCAACAACAAGGAAACCCUUGGGAAAAGUAGAAAGGAUGUGAUUCAAAUCAAGACCCCUUUUCAAAGAAGACGACCCACUCGGCUCCUGGAAAUCGGGGCUCCCUUCUACCAGGACAACCAGCUGCAGGUCAAGGUCUACUGGAAGAAGACUGAAGAUCCCAGCAUCAGCCGCUACCAUGUGCAGUGGUUCCCAGAGUUAUGUUCCCACAACGAAACAGCCACCCCUGAGAAGUCAUCUGGCACGACCCAUGAGAAUUACAUCAUUCUUCAGGAUCUGUCAUUUUCCUGCAAAUAUAAGGUGAUAGUCCAACCCAUCGGGCCCAAGAGCCACCUGAAGGUGGAGACCGCUUUCUUUACCACGCCACCCUGCUCUGCUCUCAAGCGGAAAAGCCACCAGCACGCCACCUGCCCUGGCGAAGCAGGCCAGUUUCUUUCCAAAGUGCUCGCCAAGCCAGAGAACCUUUCUGCGUCCUUCGUUGUCCAAGAUGUCAACAUCACGGGCCACUUUUCUUGGAAAAUGGCCAGGGCAAACCUCUUCCAGCCCAUGACCGGGUUUCAGGUGACUUGGGCAGAGGUCACGACAGAGAACAGGCAGAACAGUCUGCCCAAUAGCAUCAUCUCGCAGUCCCAGAUCCUGCCGUCGGAUCACUAUGUCCUGACAGUGCCCAAUCUGAGGCCGUCCACCCUGUACCGGCUGGAAGUGCAGGUGCUGACCACAGGAGGGGAAGGGCCGGCCACCAUCCGGACGUUCCGGACCCCCGAGCUCCCGCCGUCUGCAGCACACAGAGCCCAUCUAAAACAUCACCACGCCCAUCAUUACGAACCUUCUCCAGAGAGAUACUAACAGUUGCACGGACGCACGCUUAUUGAACCGCAGCGACCAGACACAUGGACUUAGAGCAGCCGUAGGUAUCUCCCAGGGGACGCUCCUCUCCUGGGUAACGUUAGCACAGUAAGUACUCACGUCUGUCUCAGAUGCACCCAGAAUUAAGUGGCACGUGGUCCGCCGAGGAAGACCAAAGCCGAUCCCCUGGGAGAAUGCAGAAAUUGCAGAGUAGGCUUAUUGGACGGUAAUUU